GUGCCAGGCGAGCGGCUGCGGCGGAGCAGCGCGGGGUGUCGGGGAACGCAGCUGCCCGCUGGGGCCAGGACAGCGAUGGAGAAGGGGCCGGGCCGGAAGGACCAGGACGGGGCUUGCGGUUAGCCCAGUUCAGCCAGAGAGGAGCCCGACUGACUGGGGGAGUCGAAAGGAAGGGAGCUGAGCUCCUGCAGCGAGUUGCUGGCAUGGCGGGAGACGAAGAGAAUUAUUAUGGCAAACACGGGACGCCACAGAAAUAUGACCCAUCAUUCAAAGGUCCCAUUCAUGACAGGAGCUGCACUGACAUCGUCUGCUGUAUCCUCCUCGUCAUUGCCACUGUUGGCUAUGUCGUUGUGGGGAUAGUAGCAUGGACACACGGUGACCCCAGGAAGGUGAUUUACCCCACAGACAGUCGCGGGCAGUUCUGUGGCCAGCUGGGAACUCCCAAUGAGAACAAGCCUUUCCUGUUUUACUUCAACAUCCUAAAGUGCGCCAGCCCCUUGGUGUUGCUGGAGUUCCAGUGUCCGACCAAACAGAUCUGUGUGAAUAAGUGCCCCGAGCAGUAUCUCACGUACCUGAAUGCCAGGAAAGAAGUCAAAGACUUUGAGUACUACAAGCAGUUCUGCGUCCCAGGAUUUGACAAUCCGCAGAAGAGCCUCCCAAAAGUGCUGAAGGAUGGAGACUGUCCGGCCAUGAUCACUCCCAGCAAACCCUUGGCGCACAGGUGUUUACCAGCAAUCAACACCAAGAAAGGGGUCGUCAUGGUUGGGAACGACACCACCUUUGAAGAUGGACUGGGACAACGAAGGAGUGUGACAGAGCUGGUGGAGGGGGCCAAAAAAGCAAACAUGGUUCUGGAAGCAAGACAACUGGCCAUGAAGAUCUUUGAAGAUUACACAGUUUCCUGGCACUGGAUAAUAAUAGGUCUCGUGAUUGCCAUGGUGUUCAGCUUCAUCUUCGUUGUCCUGCUUCGCUUCCUUGCUGGGAUCAUGAUCUGCGUUAUGAUUGUGCUGGUGAUCUUGGUGCUCGGAUAUGGAAUUGUCCACUGUUCCCUGGAAUAUGUCCGUCUAAAAGGAGAAGCAGACUCUGAUGUUACCCUGAAGGACCUGGGAUUCCAGACGGAUCUGCGUGUCUAUCUCCACCUGAGGCAAACGUGGUUGGCCUUCAUAAUUAUCCUGUGCAUCAUAGAGGUGAUCAUCAUUGUGUUACUCAUCUUCCUCCGCAAGAGGAUCCUCAUUGCCAUUGCGCUCAUCAAGGAAGCCAGCAGGGCUAUUGGUCACAUCAUGACGUCGCUGGUGUUUCCUCUGUGCACCUUCUUCCUGGUGUGUCUCUGCAUUGCUUACUGGGCCAGCACCGCUGUUUUCUUAUCUACUUCUAAUGAGGCUGUCUACAAGGUGUUUAACGAAAUGUCUGAAUGUGAAUAUGCUGGGCAGACCUGCAUACCAGAGAAAUUCGAUAUGACCAACAUCACCAAGCAGUGCCCAGAUGCCCGCUGCCUCUUUGCAUUCUAUGGGGGAGAGACGGCCUACCACAAAUACCUCAUCAUCUUCCAGAUCUAUAAUGCCUUUAUGUUCUUCUGGCUGGCCAACUUUGUGAUUGCGCUGGGCCAGGUCACGCUAGCUGGAGCCUUUGCUUCCUAUUAUUGGGCCUUCAAGAAACCCGAUGACAUGCCGGCUUUCCCCCUCUUCUCCUCCUUCGGCCGGGCACUCAGGUAUCACACUGGCUCGUUGGCCUUUGGGUCUCUGAUUCUUGCCAUUGUCCAGAUCAUCAGGGUCCUUCUGGAGUAUCUGGAUCACAGGCUGAAAGCUGCUGAGAAUAAGUUUGCCAAGUUCCUGCUGACCUGUCUCAAAUGCUGCUUCUGGUGCCUGGAAAAAUUUAUCAAGUUCCUGAACAGGAAUGCAUACAUCAUGAUUGCCAUCUAUGGCACCAACUUCUGCACUUCAGCCAAGAAUGCAUUCUUCCUGCUCAUGAGGAACAUUAUCAGGGUGGCUGUUUUAGAUAAAGUCACAGAUUUUCUGCUCUUCCUUGGUAAACUCCUCAUCGUGGGAAGUGUUGGAAUCCUCGCCUUUUUCUUCUUCUCCCAGCGGAUAGAUGUGGUUCAGGACAGUGCACCUACUCUCAAUUACUAUUGGGUCCCUAUCCUGACGGUGAUCGUGGGCUCAUAUCUCAUUGCACAUGGAUUCUUCAGCGUCUAUGCCAUGUGUGUGGACACCCUCUUCCUUUGCUUCUGUGAAGACCUGGAGAGGAAUGAUGGAUCUCCUGAGCGACCUUACUACAUGUCCCCAGAGCUGAGUGAAAUCCUGCUGAAGGGGAGCCUAGAAUCAUCCAAAAGUGCUGAUAGCUCGGCUCUCUGAGCAGGGAGGGCUAGCACAUGUGGGUGUCUUGUAGAAGACUUGUGCUCACCCAGCCAAUCUGUAAUUGUGUGGCAUUCUUCCAACGCUCCACCCUGGUGGUGCAUGAUUUUCAGCUGCUUGUCUUUGGAAUUCUUGAGGGUAGACGGGGGUGUUGAUUUUGGAAGGACAGUGCAAGUGGGUGAAUGCUGUAUCAAAUCCAUGUUCCUUCCCCCAACUAAUAUUCUUGUACCAAAAUGGGUGGAACUGUAAUUGGGACUCUUGUGCAUUUGACAUAAUCAUCUCCUAGAAUGAAGCUCGAGUCCCACCUGUCCAUUGAUGCAUGAUAGGUUAGCAAAAUGUUACCUAAGCAACAAGACUCUGCCUCCACAGAAGCCAAAGUUGGGUUUAUAGAUACACAGGAUAGUGUAUAUCUCACUCAUUAAAAAAAUUACCUUGCAUCCUCCUCUACUCUCAAUUGCCCAUAAUGAAAGGGGCAUUAUAGCUACUUCUGGAAUGUCCCUUAAAAGUUGACUGAUUUUUGCUCUGUCCUGUUCUAUGCUCUAUUUGUGGGGGAGCCGUUUCUCUUUGCAGUUGGUGAGAUGCUAAUUUGUAGAAUGAUCAAGAGGUUUACAGCUGCCCGUAUGUCAAUCUGUUCUGGAUGCAACUAUAUUUUCCUCUUUAUUGCUCAGCCCCAAGCUAGCUGCAAAGAGAAAUUAACCACUUUUCUCACUACUAUUUCUAUGCAAAGUGGAGCUGGCAGAUCUGAAGUUUUCUUUACUAGGUGGCAUAUGCUUCACUUUCAAAUCUGUUGUUGUGUCCAUGAGGGUCCUGGAAACCUUUGUGUCCCAAAAUGGAAUUCUCUCUGUUUAAAGUAGGAAACUUGUAGUUGCUGUUUUCUCACACUGACUCUUCAGAGAGGUUAUUUUUGGGGAAUGAACAAGUUGGCAGGAAUUUUUUUUAAUAUAAUUUUUUUAAAGUUGAAAAAUCUAAUUGAUCUUUUCACUCGUAUGUACAGCUUGACUUGUAUAGAAUUCUUUCAGUCUGUCUCCCACUUCCUGGUUGGCUACUCGCUUAACUAGUAACUAAAUGGAAGAUGGCGGAUCUUUGUGGUAACUGGCUUACAGAACUCUGCCCAUUCCUGAGGUAGUUCAGAUGAUGUUUGUCUCAUUUUUCCAUGAGAAAGAUAGAUGGAGGGGGUAAAGCAGCUUUCCAGGGUUAUAGCCUCCAGGUGUUUCAAAUAAGAUCCUGGCACCUUCUUAGCUCACAGCCCAGCGCAGUCAGGACAGUUCGGUAGAAAAUAACUGAAGCUGAGCUACACAGAACAGAAAGGGACUCCUUAAAUAGCUACUAUGAUUUCCCUUUAGCCACUAGACCAUCCAUCAAGUCUAGAUGCCACAAGAAUCUGUGAUUAUGUACCCAUUGUUAAUGACUGGAAGAGCAAGAGAAAAUGGCAGAUAUUACAUUUGGAAGGUGUUGCAGCAUGAUGGUGGACAGAAAUAGUACAACUGAAUCUAGAGAGAUUUGACGGAUGGCCAAUUUUUAAAGUUUUUGGCAUCUAAAACAUAUGCCCGCAAACACCUGAUGGAUGUUCCUUAUUUUCUCCUUACUAUAUCAAGGACCAGAAGGAUGUUGUGUGGGGUUUGUUGUCUUAUUUUGAUUGAUUGAUUUAGGAAGGGUCUCUUCCUUGAGGACUCAAUUCUGCAAACACUGCCAAAUCUUGCAUUACAAAUUCCCAUCCAAACAAGGUUCCCAUAUUUUGAGUCUUAUCCUUUUAGGAAAAAGUUUCUGGGUUUUGAUGCUCAUGCCCUCAUCACUAUGCCAUCAACCUCAAAAUAUUCCAGGACUGUUUCACUAAGCUAUGAAGCUGAUGGUCUCUGUGAUUUUUGGCUGUUAGUCUCCUAUGGCUUUUGCUGGAGCUUCUGCUCUGCUUUGAACGGCUAGCAUCUGAACAAUAUAUUCUGUGCCAGGGACAUGCCUAAUUAUUAUGUAUGUAAAAGCAGCAGAGAGUCCUGUGGCACCUUAUAGACUAACAGGCGUUUUGGAGCAUGAGCUUUCGUGGGUGAAUACCCACUUCGUCGGAUGCAUGUUGACAAGGGUGUUGUACACUAGGUGAACUGUGCCAAACAAACAACAAGUGACUUGCUUUACAAUCAAGUCAUGAGCAGUUACGCUAGACUGAAGAACAAUGAGUGAGCACUGUCUUGCCACACUAUCCCGAAGUAAUGGUAAUCUCUGUAUUUCCAGGCAAUGGUAGUAUUGAGGAACCUGUUCUGUUCAUAUAGGAGGAGCCCCUGUCUUAGCUGAUUUGUAACCUCACACUUUAGACCCCCUGUUCCUUCCAAAUAGAUGUUGAUAAACAGCCUCCCUUCAGGAGUCCAAUACUCUGUCUUUAAAAUGGGAGUGGUACAAGUGUAAUUGUGACUUUUACAUUUGGAAGCUGCAUAUAUCCAGGGUUUUAGAAGAAAGACAGAAUACACAUACAUGCACUGCCUGUGAGAAGCAGAAGGGCAUCCACAUCUCAACUAGGUAUUUAAAGGAUGAGUAUUUACAUCUGUUCUUUUAGCACUUGUCUGUCUCUAGGCUUCUUAACUGCACCUUCCAGCACAGGGACCACAGCAACUUUCCCCAGCAUUCAACUCAGUCUGAAUCAUGAAAAGUUUGGGCAUGCAGAUGUGAGAGCACCUGCUGUUUAAAUGGCACUGAAAACAAAUGUAUUCCUACGGGGCUUGGCAAGCCCAGUAACUGGUUCUAGUCUGAGGUGUUUACAACCCUGCAGUACUUAAGCUCUGAAUUUUAACCCCCCCCUCCCUCCUGCAGUGGAAGACCUGGAACGUAAUGAUGGUUCAUCUGAAAAGCCUUACUUCAUGUCGUCUGACCUGAAAAAACUUCUGAACAAGACAAACAAAGCUCACUAGGAUGCAUAGCAGCCUCCUCUUUCCUCACUGCUCUCUUCACUUCUAUUUGUCCCUUCCCAGUUUCCAUUUCAGGAGCAACGCUGCAUGGAUAACAUACAGCAUUAAGUGCUCUUAGUCCAAUAUUCAAACCUUGUUAGUACAUUGUGAACUGCAGUAUCCUUUACUCAAAUUACGAUGGACGGCUUUGGCUGUCAGCCUCUGCAUUGGCCACAAGCUUGUCCAGAGCAGUGGAAUUUGUUUCUGGAGAGCAUUUUGCUGGAUUUUCCUUCCUCAGAUCGAGAGAAGGGAUUAGUGUCAAUAGUUCUAUGUAAGAUUGUUAGGCAAUGCUAACUAAAAACUGAGCCCACUGCCCUAGUAGACAGGUAUUCAGUACUGCAGAACCCAACGCUACUGGGACUUUGUUGGUCUCAGGAGAGAGAUGAAGAAGUGAAUUGGUCAGUUUACAGCUGAGGCCCACUGAUGUAAGGCCCUGCCUUUGUCCAUCUCCAUCUAUUCUAGAGACUGAAUUCAGUCUACAGGUUUGAAGCCAGCACCAAUCACAGAUUCACAGACACCAAAUGAAUUUUAAAAUAAAACUACUAAAUCUGUCACACCAGUAAAACUAUAUGAUUCCUCGAUUAACUUGCUAGAACAUCACUAACCUACUUGACUGCACUCAGAUACUACCAUGCUGGACACAUUAAAUACCUGAACUGAUUGAGGAAUGCACCCAUUAAUGCCUCGUCUUCAUGGACGAUGGCAGGGACAGAAGAGAAAUCUGCAGUGUUAAUCAAGCUGUAGAACUUGAACAGCAGAGGAAAUGCAAAAUACUCAGAGAAGCACUUGGUAGGGAGCGUGCAUGUCUGGAUAGUCAUUAGUAUUACUGAUGAAAGCUCUAUGUAUUUGUUUUGUCUCUAGUGAGAUUGACAGCCCAGGAGUGUGCUGCUUCUGUACCUUUAACUUGUUUGGUUUAUUGGAAAAAUCCAGCAUUAUAUGCAAAAACCCAUUUGAAUGCAUGGGAAAGAAAGGAUGCUCACUGUUGCUUUAUAUAGCUGUGUAUAUAUAUAUAAAAGAGCUGGCUAAUGUAAAAGUACUGUUAACUGUGGUAAAAGAAACCAAAGGGUCAAACAAACAAACUUGCCUCCCAGUUUUGAAAGCCACUGUGUUCUGUGAACUCUACCAUCCGAUGGGUGCGCCUGCUGGCAAGUUUCCGUCGAAGGGACGCUUCCACCUAGAGAAACACCAGCAAUGUGUGUGAGAGAAAAAGUGAGACCGGAAUGCCACAAAGCCCAGUGUUGCAAAUUAAGUUAUCAGGCACGUUAAGAAUCACUGUAGUUUCCUUUAAAUGGUCGCCAUCUCUGACUGUGUCCAAUGUUGGCAAAACUGGUAAUGUACCACAGGUGCAGCCGCAGAGUAGACAGGACUCCAUUUUUUUUUUUUACCAGUGAGCAGGGCUGGCCAAGAUGGUGGGAAAAAGGACAGGUCUCGGGUCGCACUAGGGCAUCCACCGUUGCUACUGCUAGCUGUAAAUUACAGGUUCUGUUUUCACUAGUGUAGAUGGGGCCUUCUUGGGGAUAGGAAAGGUGGCCAACCUCAUGACUUCAUUUAUUAUUUGUAAUCUGCUUAAACAAAUUGCAGUGGGGCUAUCUGGAUGAUUUACAGCUUCCAAAUGAUGCAGGAGCACAGAGGUGCAAAGAGGCAUUGUGAGGUUAUCUGGACUCUUUUUAUUUUUUAAACAAAAAGGAAUUCUUUAUUUCAAAUAUUUUAAUUUGGCCAGUUAAUUUUAACAUUUAAUUUGUGCUAAAGGUUAUAUUUUACUUUUUUUAUACCUAUUUCUAGUAACCUUUUGAUCCUGUAGUAUUUUUUGUAAGAUAUGAGAAUUGUUUUAUAUCUAAAAUAUUAAAGGGUUUUUUGGUUUUGUACAAUUUGUUUUUAUUAGUUGUACCCAUGAGCUCCAGUACUGUUAUUGGUCAAUACUGCUUCUUCUGUUCAACAGAGAUCUUAGAUACUGGUAUGGCUCCUUAGCCAUAAAGUCACACCAGACUGAAGCAUAGCAUAGAUGAUCUCAUUACAGCAGUACAUUUGUAAUGGAGAUAUAUAUAUAUAAAUAAACUUUUGUUAAGUUUUCUUUCUCUCCAAUGGAUGAUCAGCUUUGCACGUUUGAAAAGUUGGUAGUUUAUAAUGCAAACCAGUUACCUUGGACAUUUUACUUUAGUUUUAAAUAAGCCAAUAAAAAUGACCAAAUUUUUGAGUUUUGAGGCAGCUCUAGCUACUCUUCUAAGGCACUCUGCAAUGGAAAAGACUCACAUGCUGUUGUCAAGUUGCUAUUGAUUUAAUACUUAGAACUUUACAAGUUCAAAGCACUUGUCAAACGCAUUAAUCCUCCCACAGUCCUGUUAGGCAGGUAUUAUCCCCACUUUACCAUUGGGAAACUGUGGAAGAGAUGUGCUCUGACCUUGCCCAAAGCUUCCACCGGGAGUUGGUAUCAGAACUUUGGAGUCCCUUAUUCCUAGAACUGUCCUUUGGACCACUGGGUCUCAGAAGCAGCAUCUACAUUAGGAAGCUGAUCCGUUGCUGACAGUAGCAGGGGGUAACCAGUCCCCUUGAACUGGUGUGAGAAAAGCUCUGCUAGUGUAGAUAUAACAGUGUUGAAGAGUAAUUUCUACUAAGAAAAUAUGACUGAGACUUGCCAGAUCACUGACCAAAGCAGCCCCAAAACCCUAGCAAAACACUGUACUGCAUACACUUCUCCCUCUGCAGAAAGGAUGAGAGAAAUAAGUAAUAUCUGUCACGUGAUUUGUUCUGUCACUUAACUCACUACUGGAAGGUGCUCAGAUGCCACAGGUGCAGUACAAGAACCUAUAUAGAACUGGGGAAAAAAAAGCCACCUGAGCAUGGUAAGCAGGAGUUGCCCCUGUCAAUGACUCAUUGACUAAACUUCACCUCUUUGAAACAACUACAGCCUGUUACAUAGAUAAUUUGUGUGCUGUGGAGCCAAGUCUCCAAACCUGGCAUCAUCUACCUGUCUCCUACAGCUUGGCUUUGCCUGACAGCUAGUAAUCCCUUCAAUGGGGCUAUAUAGACCAAAAACAUCCACAGAAGCUACACUAGAGGAUUUCUCACUCUACCCUUACAUAAACUCCUGGUGACUCCUUUAGAAUCCCCUUCCCAUUUUAAAAUAUAACCCUGUGUGAUCUUCAUAUGUCCUGUUAUGCAUCAUAUAUUCACAGUGCCACUUUUUUUUAAUUAAUCAUAAAGGUAGGGUGACCAACUGCAUUUCUAGGAAAUAAAAGGCAAUUGCUCCUUAAAAACCAGCUUUUCUCCUUCAUCCCCAAUGUGUUAUUCAUGGCACAAAAUCCUAGACUUACAGCGCAUGAUCCUUUGCGUGAUUUUUACCUGAAAACAAACUAUCUGAUCAAAUGCUGCUUACCGGAGAUGGGCUGUGGGACAGUAAGCACCAGAUACUGGCUGUUCAAAAGCACAGGAUGGAUGGUCACCUAGGUAAGGGAACAGGAGUGGUUAUCAAAACUAAACUAGAGAUUUGAUUUACUGGCAUCCAAUGGAAUAUGUUUGUAAAAUGUUUUGUGCAAGAUUAUUCUGCUCGUCUAUUGCUCUUUUUCAUCUCUUCCACAGUCUUUUGUUUUGUUUUUACUGCUAGGGAUAUUUGCCUGAGGACGGGCUCUGUGGGUGGUCUAUUUCUGCUGCUGCAUUCUCCAGCUCAACUGCUAAUUAUUUUUCUAAUAGAAUCAUCUUGGUUGCUGUACAAAUAAAGUUCUAAAAUAGCAGGUGCCCAGGAGGACCAACAGCAAAGGGAUUUCAGGGUCUUUCUGUUCUUAGGAUAUUUUUCUCAUAAGGUGGCUCAUUUUAAGUCAUUAUGGAAAGAUUUGUAUUUUCAGGCAUACAAGAGUUGAUGAGGAAGCAUAGUUCCAGCAGAAACCAUUGCUUUGGCUUAGGAUGUAUUCUGCAGACUCAGUUGUGGUCUAAGAAACUAUGGAAUGUAAGGAACAGGAUGGGGAGGAAGUCCUAGUUAAAUUCCCUAAGGAUAACAGACAGCAGCCCUCUCUCUGCCUUCAUAGUCUUGAUACAAUUGUAAUGUAGCCUCUUCCCCCUUUUUAAAGACGACAACUACACCUACACUAUACUAUAAUGAACAUCCUUCUUUAUUCAUCCCGGUGAAGUAGAUAAACAUUGGAGGGGUCCUGCCUUCUGCAGCAAAGGGACAUAUCUUUUAUUAAGGAGCUGUUCAGAAUAUGAAUGUUGUCACUGAAUCACUCAGACUGGAAAGACCGUCUAGUUCAUUUACACAUGCACACUGUGUGGCAGGAUGCUAAUGCCCCAAAAUAAACUCCAGUGAUUGAUUGUUAUGCUGUGACUUGGUGAUUCUCACUAUCUCCUUAUGGGAGCCUGUUUCUGUUACUCAGUUAACUGUGUGAUUAGAAGCUUUUUUCCCUACCUACCUGAGCUGCAUCUUAAAGCCAUAACUGCUUAUCUUACCUUUAAGAAUAACUGUCCCUGACUGCCUUUAAAAUACCUCUUUAUAUCCCUGUAAACCACUCAUGUUCCACUUCCUUCCCUGGGUCCUUCAGGGCUGCUCCUGCAAUGGUAUUUUGCCUGUACAAAGACUGCAGGAUUGGCCCCUCUAUGUUGUUGUGAUAACUGUCCCUUCCUUUGAUUUCCCAAAGAUGCUCACUCUAUGCACAGGGGCCUUUUAUGCAAAAUUAAAAAAAAAACAACAACCUUGGGUGGGGAUGUAUGUAUAUAUUUCCAAUGUAUAUGUGAUAUUCCACUAUAUUGAUGUCAGCAUUCCAACCACAAAUAAAGUGCCUACUUGGACUGGA